UGUACACAGCUCGCGUCUCAGCUGUCGCCGAAGCCCGCCACCUCGACCGCCAGCUGGAGAGAGUUGUAUGUAAACGGGUGUCAAGAGUGUUGCGAGCAGCAUGUGUAUCUGUUACAGAGUUUGCGAGUGAAGCUGUUUUGAAUGAGGUAGCGAACAUUGUGUGAGUGAAACGUUUGUUUAGGGAGUGCUUUUUGUAAAAUGUUAAACAGUUCACUGUUUUGAUUUGAAUUUCAAAAGUAGUAUGACUAUUGUCUAAUUUGACAUCUACUCUUUUGUGAAUCGAAUUGCUGAAUGAAAAUGUUUAAGUCCUAUAAUUGUGGUGUAACUAUAUAUUAUCUGAAAAUUUCACGUUCACUGAACUAAUUUUUCACGAAUUUAGUUCAUUCAAAAAAUUAUAUUUUCCAGUUUCUGUAAUGUUUAAUAUUGAUUAGGGGAAAUUUUUUUAAAAAAAUGGCUGAUGACAAUAUGCAUUUAUAUGUAAUGGAAUAUUUGGGUUACACCGCUAUGGACAAAAGGUUUUCGAGGCCUAUGUUACCAUGGAUCAUUGCUGAAAUUAAGAGGCGUGGAUCAACAGAAAAGGUGUGCGUGGGCGUGCACGACGGGUGCGUGGUGGCGCUGGACACUGCGGCGGAGCCCACCGACCCCGGCGCGCCGCCGACGCCGCUGCUGCGCCACCCGCUGGCGCACGUGUGGCGCAUCAUGCACGCGCCCCACGACGCGCGCGCCUUCCUCUACGUGGUGCGCGAGCCGGCGCAGCCGCUGCUCACCUGCCACCUCUUUCGUGCCACCGACGCCGCCGACGUGGUGGAACUAUUCCAAGCCAUGCGCCACGAACAGGCGCGUGAGGACUCCGCGGCCGCAACGGCGGCGGCAGCGGCUGCGGGCGGCGCGAGCGUGGCGGCCGGCGCGGGGGCGGCGGGCCGGCGGGGGAUGGGGCGGCGGGGACCGGCAGGCCCCAGCGGGGCCCGGCCGCUCACCAGCUGCGCCGCGACGCUCACUGCCUUACCCGCGGACAUCUCGCCCUGCUCUUCGCAUUUCUUCGAGGUGUUGUACAUUGGAAAAAUUAAAGUAUCUCAUAAAAAAGUGCCUGACACAUUUAUAGACGAUGCCCUUGAAAAAUUUCGAGCACAUGAAUUGGAGAAAGGCAAAGGAAAAAUAUCUAAAUGUUCCUCUCUUGCCAAUGGUUCAGAACAGAAGAUAAACCAUCAGAAUGCCAAUAAUCUUCAUUCCAGCAGUAGCUGUACAGAGUCUGGACAAAAAAUAAUCAUUACAUUAGAAAGAGACAAUAGUAUUCGUAGGGACUCUGAGGAUUCAAACAGCCCUGUGGAAGAAAACAAUAAUUCAACUCGUACCGUGUUAUUACCAACAGAAAUUAUUACUUCCGAUAGACAAAGCACUCUAGGAAAUGAAGACAGUGGUUGCAUAGAUAGUAUUAACACCGACAAUAAAUGUACCAACAACACUUCAGAUAUACCUGUGGAAACCAUUGUUCAGGGUGGUGUACAAAAUCAACUACAGACAUUGGAACCACGACCUCAGUCUCCAAUACAGGAUUCGCAAGUGACCAAACAGUCGUCUAUACAGCUAGAACCAAUGAGAAACCGAGCUGCAUCAACAGGUAGUGCAAAAGAGUUUAAAAAAUCAGAUUCUUCAAACAGUGCAGAUCAUAAUCGCAUAAUGCUAUUUCAAGUAGGGCGUACUGACCUUCAUUUAAUUAGCCCAGACCGUAAGCAGAUCCUUCUUCACAAGCACUUAAAGGAUGUUGCAAGUUGCAUACAGGGUAUCCAACAAGCAGAUCAUUUUGGAUUCAUUUGUCGAGAAAGUAAUGUAGAAAGUUACAUUGCAUAUGUAUUCAAAUGUCAGUCAGAGUCUGUGGCAGAUGAUGUUGUUGCAGCAAUUACUCAAGCAUUUCUUGCUACUUCUGAGGCUCAGAGGCGAGAGAAAGUGCCAGUAUUUUCAUGCGAACACUGUCCAAUGGUCUGGUACCAUAGAUUAUGUACUGAAAUUGAAGGACUGAAUGAGAAGAAGACUACUAUGGCUAUAUUCCGACGCUUGGAACUUCUUCCUGAAGAAGAGCAAUCGACAAUCUUAACAAAAUUUAGAGGUGCAGAAACAAAUUCCUCUCGUGAACAAAAUGAAUUCCUAAUGAUGCUUUUACGAGCCCAUUGUGAAAGCAAACAAGCUCGUCAUGUCCAUGACACUGCAGAAAACAGGCAUGAAUUUUUGAAUCAGUAUCUGGGAGGAAGUACAAUUUUCAUGAAAGCAAAGAGGUCGUUGACAAGUUCUUUUGACCAAUUGCUCAAAAGAAAAGGUUCCCGAGAUGAUUUUGGGCCAAUUGUAAAGGAGUUGAGCCUUCCAAUCAAUGCAGCUCUUUGUAAGCAGGUGGAAAAUGGAGAAACUGGUAUGCGGCGAAGGUCAUCUACAGUGGGCACUGCAACCGGUGAAACUAUGAAAAAAGAACUGCAGUCCAAACACAAUAUUGUUGGCUUAUCUCCGGGUGUUCCUCAGCAACAGAUUCCAGCUUCUCCUCCUAAUGGACCUCAGCUGGUACAUCAAAAAUCCAGCCCUAUGAUGAACAUAUUUUUUAAAGUUGGUAACACUCCUAAAACUUCUCCUACUCAAGAAAACCAUGAUAUUGUACGACAGACUGGUUCUUGGAGACAAGCUAUUUUCAAUAGAGUUGUGACACCAAGCAAAUCAGAAUCAGCUUCAACUCAAGGCCGGAAGAAAGAAAGAAAUAAGCGUGAUCGCAGUGAAUUACGUGCCCUCUGGAAAAAAGCAAUUAAUCAACAACUGUUAUUAAUUCGAAUGGAAAAGGAAAAUGCUAGGCUGAGGGCACGACAAGAAGAAGCUACUGUGAAGCGUAUCAAAUUAGAAUAUGAAGAAAUCAGUCCCUGCAUGAGAGAAGUUGUAGAGGUUUGGGAUUUACUUAUCAGCAAAGAAAGUCGAAUCACAGCAAAAUGCGACUCUCAAAUGCUUCUACAAGCUAUAAAACAAGGUGUUCCUCGCAGUAAACGUGGUGAUGUAUGGCAGUUUCUUGCUGAACAACAUUGUCUUAAGAUGCCUCCUAUUGAUACAUUAGAAUUCCCAAACUUCAAUGUGCCUUAUGAAACAUUAUUAAAACAGUUAACAUCACAUCCUCACAAUAUUUUGGUGGACUUAGGCCGUACAUUUCCUGGUCAUACUUACUUUGCAUCUCCUUUGGGACCAGGACAGUUGGCAUUAUUCAAUCUCUUGAAGGCAUAUUCAUUAUUAGAUCCUGAAGUUGGCUACUGUCAGGGUCUGAACUUUGUUGCUGGAGUUCUUUUGUUGCAUAUGCCAGAAGAUAGUGCUUUCUUCUUGCUGAAACACCUUAUGUUUCGUCGAGGGCUUAGACGCCAAUACCUACCAGAUAUGGCGGCAUUGCAAGUGCAACUUUAUCAGUUGUCACGUCUGUUGCAUGACCAGCAUCCUGAUUUAUAUAUGCAUUUUGAUAUUCAUGAAAUUGCUCCUACACUGUAUGCAGCUCCUUGGAUACUCACUGUUUUUGCAUCUCAAUUCCCUCUUGGAUUUAGUCCUGAAGUAAUAUUUCGUGUAGCAUUGGCACUGCUAAGUGAACAUAAAGAAGGUCUUUUGUCUUGUGAGAAUUUUGAGGAAAUUAUGGAUUAUUUAAAGACCCGAAUUCCAAAGGUGGACAAGUGUAUUCUUGAUAAAAUAAUGAAGCAGGUAUUUACCAUGGAUAUUACCAAACAAUUACAUGAAUAUGAAGUUGAAUAUCAUGUUUUACAAGAAGAAAUGGCUUCUCCAAGGCCGGAGUAUGAAGAUUUACACAGAUUAGAAGAAGCCAAUAAAUUACUAACUCAACAAAACCAUUCAUUAUCAGAACAAUUGGAGAUUGCAACAAGCAACAUUCACCGCUUGGAGACAACUCGUACUGCUCAGCAAGCUUCUAUUAAUCGCCUUGAAUCUCAAAUAAGGAGUCUGGAAGUUAGUAUUGUGGCUAUGGGUAAUUUCAUAUCAAGUCUUGCAGAAUCAAGAACAGAUAUAGACAUCCCGGGAGAUGUGAGACGCUUGCUGACUCAUUUAUCUGUAGUAGAACAGAGACGCAACAGUCUUAUCAACAGACAAAAUGUUUUAAAUCCAAAUAAUACAAAAGGUAUUCCCUUGAAGGUUAUUGACUCAGGGGAGGUAUAUGGUCAAAAAAAUUAUGCAUUAAGUGAUGUACCAGUUACUAAUGGAAAUGGAGAUAAUGGAUCUGUUACUAUAGGUGGAAAACAAGCUCGAAGAACUUCACAUCCAUUGAAAUCAACCCUCAGUUCUCCUAACCUGUCAGCUAAAUUAAACAGUAUGUCAUCUUUCUUUGGCAAUUCUCAUAACAACAGCAAAACCCCAAAAUUAAGUGAAAAUAAAUCAGAAAAUGAAACUGUAAUAUCAAUUGAUGCAAAAAAAAACAGCAAUCAAGGAAUUGCCAAGUUAUCAGCAAAAAGUGAUGUAAAUGGUAAAGUAACACCAGACAGUACUGCAAGAAAUGAAGGGUGUCUCGAUAAAGCAAGUUCAAAAUCAGUUCCCUUGCCAAGUGCAAAAUUAAAAUCUUCUCAAAGUGCAUUUGAAUUAGCAAUAAAUAGUAAUUAUAAUAAUGAAAAUAUUGUAAAAGAAAGAGGAGAUAUAGUAAUUUCCACUGAAUCAUCUGAUCAUAUACAUCCUUUGGACACCUGUCUGGGUGUAAAUUUCACUUAUGGUGGCACAACAAAACUUAAAACAAUUCGUCCUCUACGAGCCCAACUCUCUCGCCAUGCAAGUUCUGAUAGUUUGCGAACAGUGAAAACUGCUGUAGAUGAAAGUUCAUCUGUUAUUGCCAACCCAUGUUUAGUAGAUGGGGCAAAUUCCAAUAAUCAAAAUGAAUCUCAAACACUGUCCUCAAUUAGUCAAACUAAAACUACUUUGUUGUCAAGAUAGUUCAAAAUUUUGAGAUGUGUUAUAUUUAUAGAAUUUCCACGGGGCUGUGAAUGAAGUGUUUAGUUUGUUUUCUGUAUAAUAAUGACAUAAGUCACAGCAGUGCUUCUUUAAGAAAUAAAGAAAUAAUUUUGAGCCAUAGCAUAAACUGUACAUAUUGACAUUUCUAAAUGUUAUUUUAUUUCAACACUGUAGAUUGUAACAAUGUAUCUGUGAUUAUUCAUUUGAAACCAUUCUUAUUUGUGAUUCUUACAAAAAGAACUGACAGUGGAAAUUGAGAAAGCAUACACUAUGUCAGGUUGCAAAGAAAUCCACAAAGUAAUACUUAUUCUGUGAGUUCACAGUAUACCUAUGACUGUAUUGAGGCAUGCUUCAGAAUACAAGUUUUGAAACUACUGUUGCCAUUGUUAGUUAAAAGUAUUCCUUGUAUCAUAUAUAUUGUAGAUUGAUUAGAUGUGAAAAUACAAGGUUUCUUGAGAGUGUAAUAUAUUGAUAUUUAUAAAGAAUGAUCUGUAAAGAAAAUAGUUUUGAUAUUGAUGUUCAGUAUUCAUAGUAAAUUGAAUUAUUUGUAAGUAUAAUGAAUGUUACUUACUGUAAAUAUAAAAGAUGACUUUUACAAAGAGCAAGAUUUUACUGAUAAUGAAAAGUGCAUAUGAUAAUGUACUGUAUUCCGAAGACAAAAUAAAACACCCACUAUUUUAUAUUACCUGGUGAAAAA